AUGUUUUUGAUUUUGUGCUUUUUAUUCGUGGUUUCAAUGGUUGGAGCCGAUGAGGAGAAGAGCACUCCUUAUUGUGUCACCCCAGCUGAUUGUGUGAAAUUGAUUGGCGCCGAAUGUAAUGAGCCGGGAGUGACGUGUUGGUGUGUGGAACAGACGUCGUGCUCUCUCAAGAGGGCCUGUGAUCCAGCGAAAAACGACGCCGAUUGUAAUGAGAGCGCUCCGAGUUGUAUCCUCGAUGAAUCGGACAACUCUCACUUUUGCGGUCACAAGCUUUAUGGACUUCUGCCA